GACAGGGCGUCGUCGGGCGACUAGGCCUUCGCAGAGGCAGCGCGGCGCGUUCCCCGAGACGGCCAGGAGCAUGUCGGCCAUGGCGAGCAGCGCGGCUGCGCAGCGGAAGCAGACGUACAAGAAGGGCGUCGACCAGGACGAGAGCCGGCGGCGGCGCGAGGAGACGACGAUCCAGAUUAGAAAAAACAAGAAGGAGGAGCGGCUCCAGAAGCGACGGACGGCGACGGUGAACCCGAACCAGGGCGGCGCCCAGGGCGCCCAGCAGAUGGACGCCGCCGUCGUGCAGAAGCUCGAACAGCUGCCGAACCUCGUCGCGGGCGUGCACUCGCUGGACCCUUCCGUCCACCUCGAGGCGACGACGCAGUUCCGGAAGCUGCUGUCCAUCGAGCGGAACCCGCCGAUCCAGAUGGUCAUCGACGCGGGCGUCGUGCCGCGCCUCGUCCAGUUCCUGCAGAAGGACGAGUCGCCCGCGCUCCAGUUCGAGGCCGCGUGGGCUCUGACGAACAUCGCGUCGGGCACGAGCGACCACACGCGCGUCGUCAUCGAGGAGGGCGCGGUGCCCAUCUUCUGCCGCCUGCUCCUGUCGCCCAACGACGACGUGCGCGAGCAGGCCGUCUGGGCUUUGGGCAACAUCGCGGGCGACAGCCCGACGUGCCGCGACCUCGUGCUCCGCGAGGGCGCGAUGCAGCCGCUGCUCCAGCAGCUCCACGAGAACUCGAAGCUGAGCAUGCUGCGCAACGCGACGUGGACCCUGUCGAACUUCUGCCGCGGCAAGCCCCAGCCCGAGUUCAUGACCGUGCGGCCCGCGCUGCCGACGCUCGCGCAGCUCAUCUACUCGCCCGACGAGGAGGUGCUCACGGACGCGUGCUGGGCGCUGUCCUACCUGAGCGACGGCCCCAACGAGAAGAUCCAGGCCGUCAUCGAGGCCGGCGUCUGCCGGCGCCUCGUGGAGCUGCUCAUGCACCCGUCGCCGUCGGUGCAGACGCCCGCGCUCCGGACCGUGGGCAACAUCGUCACGGGCGACGACCUGCAGACGCAGAUCAUCAUCAACUUCUCCGCGCUGCCCUGCCUCCACGCGCUCCUGGGCAACCCGAAGAAGGGCAUCCGCAAGGAGGCGUGCUGGACCAUCAGCAACAUCACCGCGGGCAACAAGGACCAGAUCCAGAGCGUCAUCGACAGCAACAUCGUGCCGCCGCUCGUCCAGCUCCUCAACAGCGCCGAGUUCGACAUCCGCAAGGAGGCGGCCUGGGCCAUCUCCAACGCGACGUCGGGCGGCACGCCCAUGCAGAUCAAGUUCCUCGUGCAGCAGGCCUGCAUCCCGCCCCUCUGCGAGCUCCUCUCCGUCGCGGACGUCAAGAUCAUCAUCGUCGCGCUCGAGGCGCUCGAGAACAUCCUCAAGGUCGGCGACGCGGAGGCGAAGCAGACCCAGGGCGGCCACAACCUCAUGGCCAACCACAUCGCCGACUCCGAGGGCCUCAAGAAGAUCGAGGACCUGCAGCAGCACGACAACAACGACAUCUACGAGAAGGCCGUCCGCAUCCUCGAGACGUACUUCGGCGUCGACGAGGAGGACGUGAACAUCGUCCCCGAGGCCUCGGGCCAGAACUUCGCCUUCGGCGUGCAGAACACGCCCCAGAAGGCCUUCGACUUCGGCCAGCAGGGCAACCCGCGCCGCCGCCGCCGCCCGAGAGAAAAACCCCACACUCCCCACCCCAUCCGAACCGAGACGCGCCGGACGAGUCCGGCGGCCUUAGCACUCUCCAUCG